UUCAGAAUCGAGUCCGGGAUCUCCAGUAACGACGGAUACAGAAGCGGAAUAAAAACAGAAAUUAGAGAAACGCAAUCCACAUCCAUCCCUGUUAAAACACGCCUCAUCCACGGGAAAAAGACCAUUUAAAACAGGCUCCGGUCGUGAAACAGGCACGCCUCGACAAGAUCAUAGAGAAAGGGUGCAAAAAGAAAUUUCCAUACUCGAUGACAUUACAUCGCAAUGUCCGAUCGUUUGGGGCAAAUAACCAAGGCAAAGGAUGGGAAAAGCAAGUACUCGUCUCUCAGCCUGUUUGAUAAGUACAAGGGAAAGUCAAUAGAAACUCAGAAAACUACAGUUGUUCCUCGACAUGGCUUGCAGAGUCUUGGUAAAGUGGCCGCUGCCCGGCGAAUGCCUCCUCCCGCUCACCUGCCAAGCUUGAAAUCUGAAAACAAAGGAAACGAUCCCAACGUGAUUAUUGUGCCCAAAGACGGAACAGGAUGGGCAAACAAGCAGGAGCAACCAGACCAAAAGAGUUCUACUGCGUCAGCAGCACAGCAGCAGGAAUUGCAGCCACAGCAGGCUUUGCAGAAAUCUGUCUCCAAUCUACAGAAACAGACAGCAGCGACCAGCCAGGAGAACACAAGUACAGGUGGACCAAAGCAAUGGGCACAGGUGAAUGGAAAGCCGGUAGAAAAGGAUGGUUUAAGGGCCUCAAGCCGACUGCAGCCGUUCUCUCACGAGGAAUUUCCAACGCUGAAAGCAGCUGGAGAACAGGACAAGGUUAUCAAGGAAAGAAGCGUCUUCGAUCUGUCGUAUGGGCCAGGACCAAGCCUCCGCCCACAGAAUGUGACAAGCUGGAGGGAGGGUGGUGGGAGGAACCUUCAUCCUGUGACAUCACCAGUUGGUCUUUCCUACGAACCCGAAGAGAAGAGCAACGGUGCAGGUGAGGGAGCCCCCGCUCCCCCUCCUGCAGCCCCCUCCUCCGCCCCAGAAAUGAAGGACCCUUCCCUCCGCCUCGCUCAGCCCGUCCGAAGAGGGACACCAGUGGCUCUGCAGUACCUGGGACCCCUGCAGCAGCAGCACCACCCACCCGCAUCCUACCAUGACAUGCUUCCUGCUUUUAUGUGCUCUAAAGAGUCUCGUGACUGUCCCGUCUCCUCUGAAUGUGGACCUCAGCUUAUCCCUCCCCCGGUUCGCUUUGAGGCUCGACAGACUUUCAGACCGCAGUACCAACCAGCUGAACCUGUCAACGGUGAGCCAAGGAGAGAGAACAGGUUCCCUCGAGGCCCUCCCCGCACAGCCCGACCAGUCGGACGCCUUGGAGAUCGACCCCCAAGGCCCGCUAUCAUUAACGCUGAGGAGCUCAAGGACCUGGAUGAUCUAGACCAUGAUUUGGAGGAUGGUUGGGCAGGUCUCCACGAGGAGGUGGAUUACAGUGAGAAGCUGAAGUUUAGCGAUGAUGAAGAGGACCAUACUUCAGCAGAGAAAAAAAACAAAUGGACUAAUGACUGGGAUUACAGACUGGAUCACCGGUCUUCCCUGAGCUCCGGGGAGGGGGUUUACAACAGGGAGACCCCCGAAGAGGAUGCAGUGUGGAAUGAUCAGUCUGCAAGCAGGGCCACACACAGAUAUCAAGACCCACAGCAGCAAAGGAAAGCCAGUAACUGGGCCCCCACUUCAGAGUCUCAGGUUCAGCAGAAACCCCCAGCCGGUAUCCGCAGACGCGAGUCGGUGGAGGAGAAGGAGGAGAGACAGGCCCCUAGAGCGAAGUUUGCCUCUCCUGAGCUCUCGGAGGCAGUGGAGCGCGCUCGCCGCCGCCGGGAGGAGGAGGAGCGGUGCGCACGAGAGGAGAGGCUAGCGGCUUGCGCGGAGAAACUGAAGAGGCUGGAUGAGAAAUUGGGGAAGGAGAAGGUUCAGAAGCCAGAUGGCUCUCCUAAGGAGCUUGACAGCAAGGGUCCCGAGGAGCCCCUCGCUCCCUGCAAAGAUUCCAAAUCAAGCCAAGAGAACUGGCAGUAUGGUAGUAAAGAUUCAGUGGAGAUCCCUGUAGAACACUAUAGUAAUGCAGAUUAUCCUGAAGAGGACGUGUCUGGGGUGAGCUGUCGGAGCGAGGAUGAUGGUCCAGAGCCAUCCUCCCCUGUGCCAGACUACGGGAAGUAUCAGAAGUCUCUGCCUCCGCGUUUCCAAAAGCAGCAGCAACAGGAGCAAGUUUAUAAAAUGCAGCAUUGGCAGCAGCAGGGACACCCCCCUCCACCUGGGACUGCACCCCCUCACCGCUCCUAUUACCCCCCUCAUGUGCUUGGCUUCGACCCCCGUUGGAUGAUGAUGCCACCUUAUAUGGACCCUCGCAUGGCCCAGGGUCGCUCCCCUGUGGACUACUACCCAGCACCUGUCCACUCUUCAGGAAUGAUGAAGUCUAUGAUGCCGCAAGACCCCUUAAGCAGCCCGGGCUCCACUCAAGAUGAGAAUUGUCAUCCUUCCGUGUUGCAGGAGCGGAGAGCUCCGUCCACAGAGCCCUACCCAGUCUGGAGUCAGGAGAGUUAUCCACCUGCCCCAACCAGGAGCUUCACACCGCCAUAUCAGAGGCAGCACGAGAACAAAGACAUGAACAGGGCUGAGGACAGGAGUGAGAGAACAUACAUUCGGCAAGACUUCUAUAAAGACAGAGGGGAGGAGUAUGGGGACUUGUCGGCUGAAGAUAUGUCUAAUCUUGAUUAUCAGGGCAUGAGGCCUGAUGUGGGUGUCAGCCCUUCCCAGAAAGAGAGCGGUCAAAAAGAAGCUUUGUCCCCUGCGAAACAAAACUGUUCGCUUUCAGGAGACGCUAAAACUGAUCGGCAAGCUGAGGCAAAAGAAUUGGGCAUCGGACACUGUAAAGAAAGCCGCGACUCAAGGGAGGAAGUGUUUGAUGCCUCGGAGAGAGAGACCUUUGCUUCUGAUUUUUGGAGGAACGAAGGUCUUCUAAAGAAAGAUUCCAGCCCCCAGUCUCAGUGGUCGGAUACAGGCUCUAGUACCAGCAAUGGCCAGCAGCAAGAGCCAGCUGGGAGACCGCUAACCAGGAGAACUGGUCCAAUUAAGAAACCAGUACUCAAGGCUUUGAAGGUUGAAGAUAAAGAAAACGAGAAGCCCAAAGUUGAACCACAAGAGAAAUCCGCCCCAUACAGAAUCAAAGAGAAAGAAGUUCACUCUGGACACGAAGCGAAAAAGGAUUCGAGUCUUCUCCUCUGUACCAAGUAUUCAGUUUCCCCUGCCCUUAACGCUCCUGAAGACUCGUAUCCCCCUGCCAAAGCAGAGAAAUCUGCUCAAAGUUCCCAAGAUGAGGAGCAGAAGGACAACAGCUGGGAGAGCAAAUCGCUUUCCAGAGAUUCUGGUGACCCUCCUGCUCCCAGGAGAAACAACUGGAUUUUCAUUGACGAGGAGCAAGCUUUUGGAGGGGUAAGGGCCCCCGGGAGAGGCAGGGGUAGAGGAUUCAGAGAGUUCAACUCCAGGGGCAGAGGUGAAAUGACAAGAGGUGCCUAUAGUGGGCAAAGGAUGAGCAGAGGACGUAACCCACGAGAGUUUAACCAGCCAGAUGACUCUCCGAGAGGAAAGCCUCGCCGUCGCAACGUCAGCGAGACGCUCAGCGAAGCCUCUGAGUACGAGGAAAUGCCCAAGCGGCGUAAAGAGAAAGGGUCUGAAAACAGUGGAGAAGCGGCUCACUCCGAGGCUGCAAGCGUAAGAAGAGUUGACACCAAGGAUUCCUGGCGAUCAAACAAGGUCUACAUGGAGGAGCAAGGCAUAGAUGGCAGUGAAAAUCGAGAGAAGCCUAGAGCCACCCGGGGGUUCGGCAGGUCUCUCCCGCCGAGGCUGACCAACACUGGUUACGGGAGAGGGUUUGGUCCGAGGGAGACUUCUUCGUGGAGGGGGAGGGGUGGACAGUUUGGAGGUGGCCCAGUCCAGGAGAACGGGUAUGUUCCAGGUACUGAAGUGUUCUCUUCCAGAAGACCACAAGAAAGGGAGCCUUUCAGAUAUCCACAGAAAUAUCCUGGGUCUUUUGUGGACAAUGGGUUUGAAGAGCGGGGAGGAGAUGAUUAUUGUGUUGAGGGGGAGAACCCAGAUAACCGGCCCCUGAGGCGCAGAAGGCCCCCCCGCCAGGACAAGCCCCCGAGGUUCAGGCGUCUGAGGCAAGAAAAGGAAUCUGGAACGGAAUGGAACAGUGAGGAACAAGUCAACGGCGAUUUUGCGGGCCCCUGGUCCGGCAGGUCAAAGGCGGAGGAGAAUGGCGUUUCGCAUCAUCCUGGCGGCAGAUUCCGGGAUGCCCCUCAUCGCGGUCCUUCGGAUCAGGCAAACGAGGAUUGGGAGACGGCCUCAGAAAGUAGCGACUUAAACGAGAGGCGGGAGAAACGCACCGGGCUGUCCCAGGGUGAGAUGGCGUCCGAUCUGGGUCAUGGCGAUGCUAGCUCUGGAGAGAAGAGGGAACUUGCCAAGCGCAGCUUUUCUGGUCAGAGGCCUGUAGUGGAAAGGCAGAACCGUAAAGGGGAUCCGACUGGGCUGGGUGACAAAAUGUCCAGGUCUGGAGAACCAACAUCAAGGAAUGACAGCUGGCAGAAUGCAAUGCCCCAGAACACUAAAAGGUCUCCAGAGGAAGCGUCAGGUUCGAACUCCAGUUCCGUGUACAACGCGGAUCAAUCCGUGAAGGCAGACUGCGACAUCCCUCGGAAUAUCUCUUCUGAACCCACCAAUAAAAAGGUGGAAAAGGAACUUAAAUUGGGACCUCAGAAAAAUGACAAGCAGGAGGCUUUGUCUCAGUAUGACCUGAAUUAUACAAUGGAAAGUGAAACUGCAGUAGUCCCUGGCGGAGAGGGGUUCACAGAGGUGCUGUCCAAAAAACAGCGGCGCCUUCUAGAGGAUGAGCGCAGAAAGAAAGAGCAGGGGACUCAGGUACCUGUAAAAAGCAGAGUCCUAGCCUCUAAGAUGCCACCUAGGUUUGCAAAAAAACAGAACGGCAUUACCAUGGACCAGCCAGAGGAUGCAGUGUCAACUAGCAACCUGGGCACUGAAAUCUGGGAGAGCAAUAGCACAGCUCUUUCUGUUCAGUCGACUGGUGGAGACUCCUGGACAAAGCCUGUGACUGCAUUUGCUGCUACUGAAUCAAACUCUGAGGUGUUUAAGGGGAGUCAGACUGACAGUGGGAUUGACCUGAGUGCUGAGUCUCAGGGAUCCUCUGCCACCUCCUCCCAGAGAAGUUCCCCUUAUGGCACCCUCAAGCCUGAGGAAACCAACGGGUCAACCCAAGCAGAACCAAAACCAGACGGGCUCAAAGACCUGGCACACAAGCAGGUGGAUAAGAAGGAUUCUGAGGCUAAUGCAGAGCAAAGCAAGGAGCAUAAACCUGGUCCUAUUGGGAAUGAACGGUCGCUGAAACACAGGAAGGGGUCCGAGGGAAUGGAGAGGCUGGAGGGAAACCUCCCCCCGGUUAAUGGAGUGGACAUCCAUGUGGAUUCUGGCAUUCCUGUGCCACCUAUUGAAUUUGGUGUCAGUGCAAAGGAUUCUGACUUCAGUUUGCCUCCUGGUUCCGCACCUGUUCCAGUUUCAAACCCAGUAACCAAACUACAGGAUGCCCUGUCCAGUAAUGCGACUCUUACUCGGGGAAUCCCAAUGCUCCGAAGAGACCAUCUGCAGCAGGGUAUCAAUCUGAACCCCCUCUCUUUCCCAAGCACAGACCUCACUUUAAAGAUGGAGUCUGCCCGUAAAGCCUGGGAGAAUUCGCAGAGCUUGCCCGAGCAGGGGUCCCCUGGAGGGGCAGGCUGUGGUGCUCAGCCUCCCUGCAGUGUUGGGUCAUCCAGUGGAGUGAGCUACAGCUCCUUUGGGGGAGUGUCCAUGCCUCCCAUGCCUAUCGCUUCUGUCGCACCUUCUGUAUCCAUGCAAGGUAAUCAUAUUCCACCCCUUUACCUUGACGGUCAUGUCUUUUCAAGCCAGCCUCGACUGGUUCCUUCCAAUAUGCCGCAACAGCAGAGCUAUCAACAGGCUGCAGCUGCACAGCAGAUCCCCAUUUCUCUCCACACCUCUCUCCAAGCUCAAGCCCAGCUGGGACUGCGGGGUGGACUCCCUGUGUCUCAGUCCCAGGAAAUGUUCAACUCCAUCCAGCCCUUCAGGUCCCCGGUAUACAUGCACCCAAACCUUUCACAGCCCAACGCCAUGGUUCUGCCUGGAGGAGCCCCUCUGAAAGGGCACUACUCUGCCUUCCCCGGCAUGCAGCCCUCUGAGAUGAAGCCGCAGUCUGGAUCUCCCUACCAGCCAAUGAACGGGAACCAGGCCCUGGUUUAUGAUGGGCAGAUGAACCAGGCAGCAGGAAUGGGAACAUCGCAGCUUAUGGAUUCACAACUCAUACAGGUGACCAUGCCUUUACCUGGAUCCCAGCUUCGGUAUGGCUCUGCCCAGCAGCAUCUGAUCCUUCCCCAGUCCAUUCAGCUCCAGCAAGGCCAGAACCUGCCAGUGGGCGCUCCCCGCAGGAUCAUCUCUCCAGGCUCCCAGCCGCCUGUCAUGACUGGCAGUAGGGAGGUGAGUUACUUCAAUACCUCUCCGAUGGAUAUGAAAGGUUUUCAGUUUGCUGAUAAACAGAACCACUCUCCUGGAAUGCCAGGAGGAUCUGCUCCAACACCUUACAGCGUGUUUUUUCUGUCUAGGCCUGGAUCUGUCAGCCCCAGUGGGAAGCCCUCAGGCCCGGCAGGACCAGCGAAUGUAGGUCCUCUCCCUGGACACUACACCCAACAGAUCCCUCCACCUCAAGGCAGCAUGAUGAUGCAUAUGCGGCCCCCUUCAACCGGACCUUUCCCAAACCCUAUUCAGAGGCCAGUGAUGCAGAUGAACAAGGGGCCCCAUGCUCCCACUGUUCUCAUCCGCUCGCCUCAGUACCAUAGUAACCCUGGCCGUGAGCCCCCUGCAUCCGUCUCCCCCGCUAACAGCACAGACUCGAAGGGGGCGGAGGAAGCCAUGAAGGCAAAGCAGCGAGAUGUCCUGCAGUCUGCCAGGGAAGGAAAGGGACAAGCAGGGAUGUCGAAACUGCAAGAACCACAGGCGCCGGGCCAGAUGAUACCAGUCCGCACCGGGCCAAUUAAACCAUAGUCUGCAGGUUGAGGAGGGCAGUGUCUCUUUCUUUGAAGAUGGCAGUCAAAUGAGGUUCCAUUCAAUGCCAUUUGCCUGAAAUUCCAUCCAUGGGAAUUUGCCCAGUAUAACCGACUUCAGACAUUGUAUACAGGUAUAUACGCUUCAAGACAGCCUUUUUUUUUUUUUUUUUUUUUUUUAAUUCAUCUUAUUUAUUACCCAUACAAGUCAGUUUUAAAAACAUUUUGGAUUUGGCACUUUCUUCCAUCAAAGGACAAAACCAUCAAAUCGGAUGACCUUCUGCAGCUCAAUACUUCUCCACUUGAAAAUAAUGCGACCAAAGGACUGCAGUAGUAUAACUUUGUGGCAAAUGCAAGAAAUUCAAGAAUAAAAAAAUAACAUUUUUUUGCCUUCUCUCCCAACCUAUUUAACUUGGCCACUGGGCUGUUCUUCAGGUUUAGCUUUUACUUUUUUAACUUAAAAAAAAAAAAAAAAAAGAAAUACAACACCUCUGAAAGCUGUAGAGCCUUCGUUGUUCAAUUUUAUUUAAGAAAACAAAUCCAACCGAGAAAUGGAGAACAUUCAUCCUGUACAGAUCUGGAAAGAGGCAAAGGUAGCCUUCCUAGAGAACCUGCCUGUAGAAUCCGUUACGUCUAUAGUGUUUCCCCAAAGUGUGUAAAAAUGUAACCUACUAUGCUGGGGUAAAUGCAGACACAUUUCUAUACAAGUCUCUAUAAAACAACCUAUUUUUAAUCUGUACUGUGUCUUGAAACCAAUUUUUUUCUUUUUUUUUCCCAAUGCUUAUUCACUCUAGUUUUAAUUUCACGCUUCACAGAGGGUUAUGAAGUGUUUUAGGCAUGCUGUGUAAUAAAAUGUAUGACGGGGCCAGUGAUCUUUGCAUUUCAGAGAUACGUAUCUUAAGAGUAAAAAUGUACAGCUGAGAUUGUGGGCGUGGCAGACAGUUUUGUGGCUGUCUAAAUGUGGGGGGAUGGUGUGUUUACAAGUAGUUGCGAAUGAACAGACUGAAUUUUGUGGGUUUUUGCUUGUAAUCUAGUAACUUCAUUUGUAAUAUUGCUGUUAAAUCUGUCCCAAAUCUCAUGUACUGCAAGGUGUAAUGCCCCUCCAAACCAUAGUGCUUGAGGGCUGACAACUAGUGAAGUGUUCGGUUUUUUUCUUACUGUAACUGAUUCCCUCGACACAGCUGCUGAGUUAUUCUGACCAAGCAGAUGGGUGUAGUGGUUGAUUUUAAGAAUUUGUAAAUACAAGCACUUGGUAAAUUGGAACAGACAUGCAUCUAAAAAUACAGCCAUCCAUAAAAUAAACCCCCCAAAGCAGGUGGCAGUGUUAAUCAUUGUGAAAUACUGAAUGUUAUUCCAAAAUAUUGCUUGUCCCAGGCUACUAAUAUUGUGACUAAUAUCUUUUGUUAUUAUUAUAUAAAGCUGAGGGGCCAAUAUUUUAAUAUAAAUAGUUUUCUACAAUGUUGGACUGAACUCCCGUUGUUUUCGUGGUACAUGCUGUCUAAGAACCCACUUAAAGAUGAAAUGUACACAAGCCUGAAUUCGUAUGUGCUCAGUACUGCAGGGUCAGGCUUCAGGUUUAUUUUCUGGGAUGAAGCUGCCUUUUCUAAUGGCUCUGUUAGAAGAACAGAACGCUGCAUCGUUGUCCUAAAGAGAUUUUUUUUUCCCUUGCAGUUUGGAGCAGGGUUAAACGCCAGAUCAUGUUGGAGCCUGAUUUUUCUAUGACUUUCUGUUUAAACAUUAUGAAACACUAGUUAUUUAUAUGUACUUUGUGUAGUCCUAGUCGAUAAAAGAAAUGUUCACUACUAUUUAUAAAUAAAUAUAUAUAUUGUCUAUAGACUACUCUGUACUGGGGAGGCCAAAAACCUAUACUUGGUGUCAUUAGGAUGGAUUACUGGUUUUAAUAUCAUCUGAUUUACACUUUUUUUUUUUGUUUGUUUUAUUUUAAAUAUAAUUUCAGAAUGUAUUUGCAGGAAUUGUUAACUUUAGACAUUGAGAUGCAGCGCUGCCUCCUCUCCCCCCACCUUUUAAAACGGUCUGUCUCAAAUCUCGGUAACCUGGUCCCCUUGUCGUUUGGCCAAACCUGAAGUUGAGGCCUUGACAUCUUUUCCUGUUGAACUACAUUGCUUCCUCCCCCCCUCCACCCAACACCACCAAGCUGGGUUUAGUAGCAUAUUUGUUUUUGGCCUUUUCUUUUCUCCUCUAGUUGACUGGUGUUUGAAAGGGCAGCGAUGGAUAUUUCAUGGUCAACACUUUUCACUGGACCAGUUGUUGUCAUGAAGCUGGUCCUGCAGCUUUGCAGCUCAAGUCCUGGGUUAUUUUUAUAUUUGUUCAGUACCUGUUUAUCCUUUCAAAUAUGUGAUCGUAUUAGCUCUUUCCAUAUGAAAGAAUUCUCCUUUUUAUUUAAAUAAAAAAAUUAAGCAAA